CAAAACCCCCCCUUUCUUUUUUCUCUUCUUCUUUUCUUCUUCUUCUUUUCUUCUUCUUCCAUUCUCCUCCUCCUCAAUGCUUCCCUCCGCCGAUCUCCGCCCUCCCUUCUCCCUUUUCAGACCCUACAUCGCCUCCUCCAUCAUCCGUCGGCUUCCGACUGCUGCGUCCGCUGAUUCCUUCUCGAUCCGAUUCUCUCCUCCGCUUCUCUGACUCCUCCAAUUCACCUUCGCGGAUCCUGUUUCCGGCAUCUUCUCCUUCAUUCAACCCGGGGAGUUUUCUAGAUUGUUUUUAGUCCCUAACGGAUUUUCAACUGUCUUCUCUUUUUAACCGUCGAUUUCAGGAGUUUUGUUUUUGUUUUUGUUUUUGUUUUACACGUAGCUUAAUCUUCUUUUCUAUUCUUGGGAGGGGGAUUUUAUUUUAUUGUGUGUUCCAUGAGUUGUAUAUCCGGCUGACUUUUGUAAGAAUUUUAGUUUGAGAGAUGGAUCUUUAAGCCACAACUUGGAGUUCUUGAUGUUCUGAUUCUACUUGGAGUUUGGAGUUGAGGAGUAUUUUAGGACUGCUGAGUGUUGUUUGAAUUAAAUCCGAGUUAUGGAGGAACGGAACGUUUGUAGAAUGAAUACGGGGAUGUCGGAUGAGGUUCUUGGCUGUGUAAUGCCCUAUAUUCAUGACCCCAAAGAUCGUGACGCUAUCUCUCAGGUUUGCCGGAGAUGGCACGAACUGGAUGCGCUUACUCGCAAGCACGUUACCAUCGCUCUUUGCUACACCACCACGCCUGAACGGCUACGACGGCGGUUUGUCCAUCUCAAAUCCUUGGAAUUGAAGGGCAAACCCAGGGCGGCGAUGUUUAAUUUGAUACCGGAGGAUUGGGGAGGGUUUGUGACCCCUUGGGUGAAAGAGAUUGCUGAUUCUUUCAAUUGCUUGAAGUAUCUCCACUUCCGCCGUAUGAUUGUCGUCGAUUCGGAUCUGGAGGUUCUUGCUCGUGCACGUGGCCAUGUUCUUCACUCGCUUAAACUCGACAAGUGCUCUGGAUUCUCCACAGAUGGACUAUUUCAUAUUGGACGAUCCUGCAGGAAUUUAAAAACGUUGUUUCUGGAGGAGAGCUCAAUAGAUGAGAAAGAUGGGGAAUGGCUACACGAACUUGCGACCAACAACACAGUUCUUGAAACGUUGAAUUUUUACAUGACAGAUCUUGUCAAAGUCAGAUUUCAAGAUCUUGAACUUAUAGCCAGAAACUGCCGUUCCUUAAUUUCUGUGAAAAUUAGUGAUUGUGAAAUCCUUGAUCUUGUGGGGUUCUUUCGAGCUGUUGGUUCUUUGGAGGAAUUUUGUGGAGGUUCCUUCAAUGAUCAACCAGAGAGGUAUGCUGCUGUAGCCUUGCCACAGAGUCUCCGCAGUUUGGGUCUUUCAUACAUGGGAAGGAAUGAAAUGCCAAUAGUCUUCCCUUUUGCAAACCUACUCAAGAAGUUGGACCUCUUGUAUGCUCUCCUUCAUACGGAGGACCAUUGUACUUUGAUUCAGAGAUGCCCCAACUUAGAAGUGCUUGAGACUAGAAACGUCAUUGGAGAUAGAGGGUUAGAAGUACUUGCACGGCAUUGUAAGAAACUUAAAAGGCUUAGAAUUGAGCGAGGGGCUGAUGAGCAGGGAUUGGAGGACGAGGAAGGGCUUGUUUCACAAAGAGGAUUGAUUGCUUUGGCUCAAGGCUGUCUGAAACUGGAAUACUUGGCUGUCUAUGUAUCCGAUAUCACAAAUUAUUCUCUCGAGUGCAUCGGCAGGUACUCGAAAAAUCUCUGCGAUUUUCGCCUCGUCCUGCUUGAUCGAGAAGCGAGUAUAACAGAUUUGCCACUUGACAAUGGAGUUCAAGCUCUGUUGAGAGGGUGUUCUGAAAAACUGAGAAGAUUUGCAUUGUAUCUUCGGCCUGGUGGAUUGACGGACGUUGGUCUUGGUUACAUAGGGAGGUACAGCCGAAAUGUAAGAUGGAUGCUUCUUGGUUAUGUGGGGCAGUCUGAUGCUGGGCUGUUGGAAUUCUCUCGCGGCUGUCCCAGCCUGCAGAAGCUUGAGAUGAGAGGCUGUUGCUUUAGUGAGCAUGCAUUGGCAGCCUCCGUCAUGCAACUCACUUCCCUCAGGUACCUCUGGGUUCAAGGCUACAGAGAGUCCUCCUCAGGCCGUGAUCUUCUGGCAAUGGCACGCCCGUUCUGGAACAUCGAAUUGAUUCCAUCGAGACGAGUCGUGGUGGCUGAUCAAGUCGGGGGUAGGGUGGUGGUUGAGCAUCCUGCACAUAUACUGGCAUACUACUCCCUAGCAGGGCCAAGAACCGAUUUUCCAGACAGUGUCGUGCCGCUAGAUUCAUCGUCCUUGAUCGCUGCAUAGAGCAUGGCUGUACAUACAACAACAUCAACAACAACAACAACAUCGACCUCUCCUUUCUUCUUGCUACCUCCCCAUUUUGGCACGUCCUGUUUAUAGAAUUCAGUUAGGAAUGUGUUUCGAAUGUGAUUUUGUUGUGGUCGUAUAGACAGACAGAUAGACAGACAAACAAAGACGAUUUUAAUGUUGUAAUAAGGCUGUGUUUUUUGUUAUGGAACCAUGAUGAUGAUGAUUAUGAUGGAAGGCAGUUUGACUGUUUAUGCAAAGACUUUCCCUUUCCCUUU